UUAAGUCGACUGACGCAUGCGCAGAGGAUGUAACAGCAAGGACUCCAAAUCGAUAACCGAGUGAAUCGACCGUGUGCCUCCUCAUCGGAUCUCUGUCACAAUGGCUGAUAAACCAAACGCCCAGAAAAGUGUCAAAAUAGCUGCUGGAGCUGUAGUUUGUGUUGAGAGUGAAAUUAGAGGAGAUGUCACCAUAGGCCCCAGGACAGUAGUCCACCCUAAAGCUCGUAUCAUUGCAGAGGCAGGACCCAUUGUGAUUGGAGAAGGCAAUUUGAUCGAGGAGCAAGCUCUGAUCAUUAAUGGUUACCCAGAAAAUAUCACACCAGAGUCUGAGGUGGAACCAAAGACUAUGACCAUUGGCAUGAACAAUGUAUUUGAAGUUGGCUGUGUAUCACAAGCCCUGAAAAUCGGGGACAACAACGUGAUUGAAUCCAAAGCUGACGUUGGUAGGAAUGUGAUCCUCACCAGUGGCUGUAUCAUUGGAGCCUUCUGUCAGGUCAACACCUGUGAAGUCAUACCUGAGAACACGGUCAUCUACGGCUCUGGAUGUAUGAGGCGGGUUCAGACGGAGAGACCACAGCCCCAGACUCUUCAGCUCGACUUCCUGAUGAAGAUUUUGCCAAACUACCACCACUUGAAGAAAACUGUUAAAGCUGGCCACAGUGCUAGCUAAAAUGUAACUUUAUACUAUUGAAAUUGGAAUGUAAAUGGCUAGCAAACCCAUAUUUAAAUAGAUCUUUCUGGAAGGAGGCAUGAAUGUAUAUACUUAUAUAAUAUGUACCUAGCUUCAUCAGUACUUACUGAUAAAUAUUUUCUACUCUAACCCGCAACAGCUGAUCAAGCAUUUCAUCUUUAUCUUGCUGUGCUGAUGUACCCUUUUCUAUGAUUAAUUAAAUAACCUCAAAUGCUGA